AUGAAUUACUCAUCCAACAAAUAUGAAUGGAAUUUAGCACCGGAAACUAUUCUAGGAGAAGUUCGAAUCCGUUCUGUUCGGAUAUUGAUCGGUCUUGGUUUGACAUGGUUUACGCGUUACUGGUUCCCGGAAGAGUCAAUAUAUCCAUUAACGAAACCCUUUCUGACCCUGCCUUUUGACUCGUUUUUUGUUCGUACACAAUCAACGGAGGCCUCCCCGACAUAUGUUGCAACGUCUCCAAUAGCAUGCUCUUACUUCGUCUUUCCCUUGUUCAGUUAUCAAAUUUGGUGCUUUUCGAUCCCCAGUUGCUAUGGUUUUCAAAGGACGAAAUACAAUCGAUUCCUCCUUUUAAGUGGUUCUCGCUUCUCCUUGUUCCUGUUCCUAACUCCUCUCCGGGUAGUUCCCAAUGUUUGGCACUUUUCAUACUUCGUGGGUGCAACAUCAACAAAUUCGCUCAUGAUCAAGUUACAACCUAAGAUCUAUGACCAUAUUAUGUUAACUCUUCGUAUUUCGUUCAUUCCAUCGGUAUGCUCCCAGAUACCUGUCAUUGUGAUCCGUUUGCCAGAACCCAGGGGUCUUUCUGUGGUCACGAACAAUCGUCGUUUUUUUAUGGUUUUUCCGCUUCUCACAGCAGCUCUUUCCACACCUCCGGAUAUCUGGUGCCUAAUCGUCGCCCGUUUCCCUAUUUCUUCGAUAAUAGAGUUGGCUAUCUCUGUGGCAUCGAUUGUACAAGUUCGUGAAGAGGGCUGGACGAGUGGAAUGAGGGAGAGCGGCUCGAUCGAACACAAAGAAGAGUAG